AAAGCCGCUGUUCGCCUCGACCAGAAGUCCCGUAAUACAAUAGAACGGAUUCGUUGCACUGAAUGUAUUGGCUGUGGGCUUUUCAUGACUAUAUCUUAUAAAGCUGAUCUUUAGGGCCUUUAGGAUGAGAAAUAAACGAGCCGAUGAGGUUCCCUGGAAGCGGCAUGAAUGCUUCGCGAGUAACUGCACCCAUUAUGCUAAUAAAUAUUGGAAAGCAAGCGGGAUCACGGUCCACAAAGCUGUUAUUAUGAGUUCCACGGGAGAUGGACAGCACUCUUCCAGGAAGUCUCAAGUUCCUGAUCCCUCACAGCUGCGUGAGGGUGUGAAAACUGAGACUACAGGUGGAAGGAUCUCUGAAGUCUGUGUAAAGAAAGAGGAGACACUGGAGCUGAACAUCACCAACCAUUUAGAUGGCCUUGACAACCCAGCUGAAGUUCUCUCCAUUAAAGGGGAAGAUCCUGAUACUAAAGACUACCUCUUCUGUGAAGCUUGCAAGGCCUUCUUCUUCAACAAGUGUGAGGUUCAUGGACCGCCCCUCUUCAUCCCUGAUACUCCUGUUCCAAUGGGAGUCCCUGACCGAGCCAAACAAACGCUUCCUUCCAGGCUAGAGAUUCGGAAGUCUGGUAUUCCUGACACAGGUCUGGGAGUGUUUAAUAAGGGGGAGACUGUCCCAGUAGGUGCACAUUUUGGACCCUACCAGGGAGAACUGGUAGACAGAGAGGAAGCCAUGAACAGUGGAUACUCCUGGGUGAUAUGCAAGAGCAUGCAGUGUGACGAAUACAUAGAUGCCAAAAGAGAAAUACAUGCAAAUUGGAUGAGGUAUGUGAAUUGUGCCCGUAAUGAUGAAGAACAGAAUCUUGUGGCAUUUCAGCAUCGAGGGGGAAUUCUAUUCCGUUGCUGUCGACCCAUUAACUCAGGACAGGAGCUCUUGAUGUGGUAUGAAGAGGAGUAUGCCAAAGAACUCAGUCCUGCAUUUGACUACCUCUGGAACAAAAAGUGCUCUACGAAUGAAGGAAACAACGCUCUGCUACAAGUCUUUUCCUGCUCCACAUGUCCUCUUUCCUAUGCAUCUCAAAUUUACCUUGAGAAACACAUCCAGAGAUGCCACUACGAAGCGUAUGUGAGACUGCUGGAAUCAGGAGAGAUUAAAUAUGAGCUUCAGAUCCCCUCCAAAGGCUCCAGUAGUCAGCCAACACCAUCUGAAACUCACGGUUCUGAUACUUCCCACAAUAAUGUACAGAAGGAAAUACACCACUGCUCAGACUGUGGAAAGAGUUUUACUCAGGAUGGUGCUCUCAGAACACACCAGUGCAAUCACGCAGGAGGAAAGUCACAUCACUGCUCACAGUGUGGAAAGAGUUUUACUCAUCAGAGUGCUCUCAACACACAUCAGUGCAAUCACACAGAAGGAAAGUCACAUUACUGCUCACAGUGUGGAAAGAGUUUUACUCAUCAAAGUGCUGUCCAACGACACCAGCGCAUUCACACAGGAGAGAAGCUGUAUCACUGCUCACAGCAUGGAAAAAGUUUUACUCCUCCGAGUGCUAUCAACACACACCAGCGAAUUCACACAGGAGAGAAACCGUAUCGCUGCUCAUUGUGUGGAAAGAGUUUUACUCAUCAGAGUAAUCUCCUUAAACAUCAGCGCAUUCACACAGGAGAGAAGCCGUAUCACUGCUCACAGUGUGGAAAGAGUUUUACUCAUCAUGGUGCUCUCAAAACACACCAGCGAAUUCACACAGGAGAGAAGCCGUAUCACUGCUCACAGUGUGGAAAGAGUUUUACUCAACAGAGCGCUCUCAAAACGCACCAGCGAAUUCACACAGGAGAGAAGCCAUAUCACUGCUCACAGUGUGGGAAGAGUUUUACUCAUCAGAGUGGUCUCCAUCAACACCAGCGAAUUCACACAGGAGAGAAGCCGUAUCACUGCUCACAGUGUGGAAAGAGUUUCACUCAACAGAUUCAUCUUCAGCGACACCAGAGCAUUCACACAGGAGAGAAACCGUAUCACUGCUCACUGUGUGGAAAGAGUUUUACUCAUCAUAGUGCUCUCAAAACACACCAGAGCAUUCACACAGGAGAGAAGCCAUAUCACUGCUCACAGUGUGGGAAGAGUUUUACUCAUCAGAGUGCUCUCAAAACACACCAGCGCAUUCACACAGGAGAGAAGCCGUAUCACUGCUCACAGUGUGGGAAGAGUUUUACUCAUCAGAGUGCUCUCCAUCAACACCAGCGCAUUCACACAGGAGAGAAGCCGUAUCACUGCUCACAGUGUGGAAAGAGUUUUACUCAGCAGAGUGCUCUCAAUACACACCAGCGCAUUCACACAGGAAAGAAUCCAUAUCUUUCCUCACACUGUGGAAAGAUGUUUACUUAUUCACUUCCAUUUAAGACCCACAAGUGCACUAAUUCUGAAACUUUGCAGGACUUAAAUUUAUUGCUGUCCUCCAGCAAGACCUGCUUGAAAGAGAUAUGGAGGAGGCUAGGAGAAGAAACAUUAGGAGAAGAAAACCCAGAAGGAUUUAAAACCUCUUUCUGCUUUAAAACCCUGAGAGCUGUUAUGAGUUCAGCAGGAGACAGACAGCACUUCUCCAGGAAGUCUUGGGCUCCUGAUCCCUUACAGUUGUGUGAGAACAUGAAAACAGAGGCUUCAGAUGGAGAGACAGCUGAAACGUUGAAAGUCUGUGUGAAGAAAGAGGAGACAGUGGAGCUGAACAUCAACAACCGUUUAGACAGCAUCAACAACCCACCUGCAGUUCUCUCCAUUAAAGGAGAAGAUCCUGACAAUAAAGACUACCUCUUCUGUGAAGUUUGCAAGUCCUUCUUCUUCAACAAGUGUGAGGUUCAUGGACCGCCCCUCUUCAUCCCUGAUAUUCCUGUUCCCAUGGGAGUCCCUGACCGAGCCAGACAAACUCUUCCUCCUGGGUUAGAAAUUCAGAAGUCCAGCAUUCCUGACGCAGGCCUGGGAGUGUUUAAUAAGGGGGAGACUGUUCCAGUAGGUGCACACUUUGGACCCUACCAGGGAGAACUGGUAGACAGAGAGCAAGCCAUGAACAGUGGAUACUCCUGGGUGAUAUGCAGGAGCAUGCAGUGUGAAGAAUACAUAGAUGCCAAAGGAGAAAUGCAUGCGAAUUGGAUGAGGUAUGUGAAUUGUGCCCGUAGUGAUGAACAGAAUCUUGUGGCAUUUCAGCAUCGAGGGGGAAUUUUUUACCGUUGCUGUCGGCCCAUUCACCCAGGACAGGAGCUCUUGGUGUGGUAUGAAGAGGAGUAUGCCAAAGAACUCAGUCCUGCGUUUGACUACCUCUGGAACAAAAAGUGCUCCAUGAAUGAAGGAAACAACGCUCUGCUGCAAGUCUUUUCCUGUUCCACAUGUCCUCUUUCCUAUGCAUCUCAAAUUUACUUAGACAAACACAGCCAGAGAUGCCACUACGAAGAAAAUGUGAGACUAUGGGAAUCAGGAGAGAUUAAAUAUGAGCUUCAGAUCCCCUCCAAAGGCUCCAGUAAUCAGCCUACAUCAUCUGAUCCUCUCAGUUCUGACACUUCUCACAAUGAUGAACAGAAGGAAAUUCACCACUGCUCAGACUGUGGAAAGAGUUUUGUUCAUCAGAAUGCACUCAAGACACACCAGUGCAUUCAUGCAGGAAGAAAGUCACAUCAGUGCUCACAGUGUGGAAAGAGUUUUACUCAACAGAGUAAUCUCCAAAUACACCAGCGUAUUCACACAGGAGAGAAGCCGUACCACUGCUCGCAGUGUGGAAAGAGUUUUACUCAUCAGAGUAAUCUCCAACAACACCAGCGCAUUCACACAGGAGAGAAGCCGUAUCACUGUUCUCAGUGUGUAAAGAGGUUUACUCGACAGAGUGCUCUCCAGCGACAUCAGCGCCUUCACACAGGAGAGAAGCCGUAUCACUGCUCACAGUGUGGAAAGAGUUUUACUCAUCAGAGUGAUCUCCAACGACACCAGCGCAUUCACACAGGAGAGAAGCCAUAUUACUGCUCACAGUGUGGAAGAAGUUUUGGUCAUCAGAGUAAUCUCCAAAAACACCAGCGCAUUCACACAGGAGAGAAGCCGUAUCACUGCUCACAGUGUGGAAAGAGUUUUGGUCAUCAGAGUGCUCUCCAUCUACACCAGCGCAUUCACACAGGAGAGAAGCCGUAUCACUGCUCACAGUGUGGAAAGAGUUUCAAUCAACAGUCUCAUCUCCAAAAACACCAGCGCAUUCACAUGGGAGAGAAACCGUAUCGCUGCUCACUGUGUGGAAAGAUGUUUACUUAUUCAGUUACAUUUAAGACCCACAAGUGCACUAACUCAGAGACGUUGCAUGAUUUAAAGUUGUUGACUUAAACAUGUUUAGUUUUGGCUGAAAAUUCUGUAAUUUUUAAACUUUUUUUUCCAUUUUAUUAAUCAAGAUUUUAUUAAUCUUGACUUUCUGUGGAAGGCAAAAUAUGUAAUCUUUUAUAAUGUUUAAAAUAAUAAGGCAAUGUCUUCUUUUGAUCUUAA